AUGUCAGAAAAGGACAAAAUUGUCCAUGCUAAAAAUCAAAUGAGCUCUGAUGUACUAAAGGUAAGGUAUAGAAGAGAGCUCAGCUCCCUCUCUUUAGAACCUCAGAGUCACCAGAGUUUUGACAAAAAAAGUCUGGCUAUUUGGUUAUUUGAGUGGUAUGAUUCUAAAGGUAGAAAGCUUCCAUAUGGAAACAAUGAAAAGAGACUAAAUGAAAUUCCAGAGGAAGAGUUGAAGUUUUUCCAUGAAAUACUGAAGGAGCUUCCAGGUGAUUUCCCAAUGAUUAGAUACUCUGUUUUGUGGUCCAAAUGGUUAUUUCCCAAUGUUAAGAUAAGAAACUCGAGAGAAUCUUUUAAUAAUUGGCUGAGUAUAAUGAAAAUUAUGGAACAGAGAUUUCCAAGUGUUUAUGUGAAUGAUGUGGACCCUCUGGUUAAUCUCCUUUCUGAUUAUUUGGAUUCAGCCUCACCAAAUGAAUUUGAGUUAUGUUAUGUAGGAGUUAAGCUUCUUGGAAAACUUGUUUCCAUGUAUAUUCCCCCAAGAAAAGGCUUUACUAUAGUUUCAGGUCGUCUCCUAGAGUCUUUUAGAACUUUCUACGAAAAAGAGAACCUUGAAAUUCCUUUUGUUUUAGAAAUUAGGCACGAGAUUACUCAACUUAUUCAGUUUUGUGUAAGUAACAACCACCUACCUUCUUUUACAUCUAUUCUUAAGAACGAAGUUUUGGCAAUAACUAGAAAUCUUAAACAGAAUCAAUCUAACAAGCAGAUUUCCUCUUCAAACUAUACACUUAUUUUUUAUAAGACAUUAAUCACAAAAGAUUCCAAAUUUGACUGUUUUCUUCCUCUGAUUAUAAAAAAGAUCCACGACGUUGAAAAGUCUAUUUAUAGAGAAGCUCAGAUUUCUAACAAUAUUGGAGGAGAAUACUUGUUGUUCUUUCUCUAUUUGAGUAUAAAUUUAGCUGAACAAAAAGAUUUUUAUGAAAAGGUCAAAUAUCUUAAUGAAUGCUUUAACUUCUUUAUUAAUGUUAAUACUUUUAAUAUUAGAGAAUCAAAUGAUGAGUUUGGAAACAAUUUCAAGCUUAGGAUCUAUGAAUUGAUCUUCAGUAAGCUCCAAGAAUGCAUUUCCAAAGGUAAUUUAAAUCAGAGUAUCUGGAAGACUAUAGAGAAUUCUAUUAUCAUUGAUCCAAUUAAAUGUCUAAAACUUCUACCAGACAUUUUUCUCUCCAAUAAAGCUAAGAAAUCUAUUAUUCCAAAUUCUCUCCAAACAUAUCACAAAGACUCCAAUUAUGGUCCUCUCGAAGUUAUCCUUGAUUUCAUAUCUAGUGAGGAUAUUCAUCUCAAAAAUUCUGACUUCUUAAACUCACAAAGUUCGGUUUCUUCCUCUCUUAAGAUUUGUAUAAGCAAAUAUAUACUCACAUUUAUAAAGCUCCACGACCUUCCACUAUUCUUUAAUGCCAUUUCUGAACUUAUAUCUAAGGAUAUUAAUCCCAAAGACAUACACAAAUUUGAAGAUAUUUUUCUAAGUACUGAAGUUCUUCAGACAAUCAAAAAUAAUAUUGCCUUUUCUGUCCUUCCAGGUCAAACUUCUGAUAUUAUCAACUCUUUCCUUGGACUUCUUAAAGGAAAUUCAUCUGAAUCUUUCUUAUAUGAAUGUAUCUCUAACUCUUGGAUUGGAAUUCUAAUGAUUACUAUCCAAAUUACAGAACCAUCAAUUCCAAACUUGGAGGAAGCUGUUAGACAAAUUCAUCAGUAUAUUAAAGAUACUGAUUCAAAUGGAUUAUUUUCAGAAAAUUCCAAAAUUAUUCAAACUACAUGUACUCUAGGACUCAUACAUCUUUUGAGAAAGCUCUUAUCUUGGAACAUAGAACGGAAGAGUGAGUUUUUUGAAAUGAUAAAUUAUCAUUACGACAAAGUUUUGAAUGAAAACUACUGGGGAAGUUGUAAUGAGAAGGAUUCAUUAUAUUCUCCAUUCAAUGUUUAUAUCACUUUAGUUCAUCUGAUCACCUUAAUUACUAAACUCAGAGACUCGGGAUCUUUGAAAAGAGAUGACUUUAAAAAGAUUUUUGUCUUAUAUGGUCAAAUUUUGAAUCUUUAUUCAGACUUGGAUAUAGAUGAUCCAUCCUGGAAAGUUAGAAUCAACAAAAUUCUUACCAAGUUCAUCUUAUUGAAUAUCUCUCAUUUGAAAGGUAUAGACAAAUACAUUAAAGAUUAUGUUGAAGGUAAUGACCAGUUUUCAAAUUUAGACUUAUUCUUGAAAUCUCUAUAUGAACAAUAUAUUGAAAAAAAUGAUGUACCAAAUUCUCUUUUCAAUAGUUUUGUCCAAAUUCCUUAUUUACCAAGUAUUAUGAUAGAUAUAACUCUUGAGGAAUUGAACAACAACUUUCUAGAGACUGGUAGUAGAAAGAAAAGAAAGUUAAGCUUGGAUAAUGUCUCUGGAGAAUCUAGUAUAUUAAUGUUUCAUGAUUUAAAGAUCUUAGAUUUCUGGAAUCGAAAAGAAAUAGUAUCUUACUUUUUGAAUAACAGAACUGAGCUUCUGGUUGAAGAUAUAUUUUCAAAGAUUUCUAAAUUAUAUCUUAAUCUAAUUUUUAGAGAAGAUUAUGUCUCAAGCUUAAAACAGGACCAAAUCUCUAGAAGACAUUCUUUAGAAAAGGCUUUGGAAGGAAUUAUAAGGUGGAUCACUUUAGAAGGUGAAGUUGGAGCUGAUGAUUUUGUUAAAAUAUUAUCCCAAUUCUUUUUUAACAAGGAAAAUGGUAAACAAAAUAUACUGGCUAAGUACUUGGAUCUAAUCUCAAGAGUAGAGACUAACAGCAAAAUGUCUCAAGAUCUUAAUUAUAUCUUAAAGAAAUCAAUCAAAUGUGUCUCAAGAUCGGAAAAAGACUCGAAAAGAAUCAUGGAUUUGGUGAUAAAUCAGAUGGAAUCCUUGGAUUGGUGGUGGUGGAUGAAUGUUAAGAAAAACAAUGAGGAUCUAUUAAUAGAAAAGAGAUCUUGGCUUAAUCAGAUUCAACUGUGCAUAGAUUUGUGCUCAGAGGAAAGUUUUGAAUCUAUGAAAGGUAUGGUUAUGAAAAACAUUAAUAUUUUUCAGAUAUUAAAAAGUUUGAAACAUAAAUUGAAGGAGAAAAAGAAAAUAGAGUUACUUUAUUCAACAAAGAUUUGUGAGUUCUACUUGGGAAUUCAUCCUGAAAUUCAGAAUUGGGAAUUUGAUCCUGGUGAAGAAUCUAGUGAGACACAAGAAAACUGGCCUUUGCCAAGAAUUAAUACUUUAAUUAAGAUAUUGUCAGGUAUCUUGAAUAAGAUUCAAAAAAUUCUUGAAGAUUCUGAAAAUUCAAAAAAGUUACUUAAGGAGUGUUUUAUUUUAAUUGAUCUGAUAAUCAGCUACUUGAAACAGGUAAUUCAAAUAACUAAAAAUACUUUAUUAGAUCUAAAGAAAAACCAAGAAUUCAUGAAACUUUGCUUUGGAUCAUUAGAGAAAGUUUACUCAGAGACUUUCAAGUUAUUUUUGGAACUUAUUAGAGUAAACCUUGAAUUUGGAAUAUAUGGAAUAGAUCAAGAGGAUCAUGAGACAUUGAAUUACAGAAAUCAUUUUAAGAACGUCUCAGAAUGGAGUAGAUACUUUGUCAAGUGUAUUUUAGAAGGAAGUUCGAUUAGAAAGGAAGAUUAUAGUCAUUUACCACAUAUUUACAGACAAAUGGAUAUAUACGAGAUAAUUUCAAAUUUGGUAAACAGCUCUGUUACUAGUCUCCUGAAUCACGCCAUUAAUGAAAGUAUGAUUAAGGUCAACUUUACUAGAGAAACGAAUUUAUUCUUAUUCCUAAGUUAUUUAGAUUUAUUUUGGGGAAUAAUUCGUAAUAAGGGUCAGAUUUACAAAUGUUUAUCUCCAUGUUUAAGAGGAAAUCUAUUUUGUAAGAUUUCCUCUUGGGGAACUUCAGAUAAGCUGGAAUUCAGUAUUGUGGUGAUGAUCUCGAGACUGGUAGAUUAUAUAGAAAAGAGACAACCAAACUUGAGAAUUGAGUAUAUUUUAUGUACUUUUUCUUUUAUUAGACUCAGUAAUAUUAUUUCAAUCUUGUACUCAUGUUGUGUUAGGUGCUAUAUAACAGAAGUCAAAGAAAAUCCAAGAUCAAGUCUAAAUAAUAGUCUAAUUAUUCCAAUUUCAAACAUGUUACUGGUAAUUUCAUCAAGGCUUUCAAAUAUUGGAUUGGGAUUGAGACUAGAAGAUUUAGAAAGUAUUGUAAAGAAAGAAAGAAUGGAUGAAAAUACAAGAGAAUCAUUUUAUAUGGCUUUAUUUGAGUGUCUCAUGAUCAGUCCUUACAUUCCUUUGUAUACUUUAUUGAAUCCUCUUUGGGAUCAGUCUAACAGAAAGAAGAAUAGGAAUCAGAACACUACAGGCCAUUUGGAUGUUUGGAUCUCUCAAUUUCAUUUGAUUGAGGAGUCUUUGAAGAAUCUAGUGAAUCUGGGAGAUCAAAUAAGCUUUCAACCUAUAGGAAUUAAGUUAUACACACUUAACAAUAAAAGAAUAAGCAGGUUAUACCCUUUAAUAGUGUCACAGAUAACAAAAAAUAAGGUUCAAAGAUACUCUAUUUCUCUGGCUUGUGAUUUAAUUAACUAUAUAAAUAUAAUAAAUAAGAGAUUAGAGUUUUUGGAGGAAAAUAAUGAAGAGUUUAGGGAUAUAAUGAAUUUGAACAUAAAGAUAAUCAAAAGCUCGUGUUUAAAUCCAAUUCUAUCUGUCAUUGAUGAUCACUGUAAACAGAGCUUAUUCACUAUGUUGAAAGAUGAACAAAGAAUCAUUUUCAAACAAAUUAAUAAAAAGAAUUCUGAACUUUCGUCAUUAAGUAAAUUAGAAGGUUAA